UAUAGUGUAAAUCCAAAAGCUCAGUCUCCUUGCAAACGUCAGCAUCCUGGCAGGGUCGGGGGAAUGUCACAAUGCAGAGUCCCUCAGGAAGCCUGACUGGGUCUCCCUAUGGAAUCACACCUGUGUUUACAAAGGGUCUGCAAAAUAUAAGAGCUACAAAAGGUCAAUUAGUGGUAUUUGAAUGUCGUGUCCAUGCUACACCCACCUUACAGGUACACUGGUACAGAGAAUACGAUCAGAUAAUAGAUUCUGCAGACUUCCGAAUACUACGAAAAAAGGCUUGUUCAUCAUCAGUUCCUGAGGAAGUCUGCACCCUGGUUAUUACAGAAGCUUUUCCAGAGGAUUCUGGAAUAUUUAAAUGUGUUGCUGAAAAUGAAUUUGGAUCUGCAGCAUCCAGCGCACGCCUCUCAGUUUCCCCAGGAGCAAAAGAGCUGGAUAGCUUUGCGGGUGCUGCCCAUGUGCCAGCUGUGCAAGUCACCAUGAAGAAACCCAGCUUUGCCAGGAGCAGCCAAGCUGCAGCCAAGGACAGAGACAUGCCCAGCCUGUCGUCCUACAGCACAGACACACCGGGGCUGGGCAAUCGAGCAGAAGCCACAAACUUCGGCCAGCUAAAUGCAAAGAGCGAAGCUGAAGAUUUUCAUGGAGUUUAUGAGAAUUCCCCUCAAAAUUCACCUCUGCGUUACUCAAAACCAAUGUACAAAAAACAAGCUAGCAUCAACUCCAUGCAGAAGACAUCUGACCAAGAAAUCAGAGGAACAAAAGAGGCCCUCAUCCAGGAUUUGGAAAAGAAACUCCGAUGCAAAGACAACCUUCUCCAGAAUGGCAACCAGAAUGCAGAAAACAUCAGGCUGCAGGUUCCUACAACACACGUAAGGAGCAGACCAUCCUCCAGAGGAGAUGAACGUGGACAUGACUCAAUCCAGGAAAAGUUUUUCCAACCACGAUUUACACAAGUGCCAGAAGAUGUAAUUAUUGAGGAGGGACGAUUCUGCAGGCUUGACUUCAAAGUUAGUGGGCUGCCAACCCCAGAUGUGAUGUGGUAUCAGAAUGGAAGGAUGGUUCAUCAAGAUCAGUUUCAUAAAAUGAUAGUGUCAGAGAAGGGAUUCCAUUCAUUUAUUUUUGAAGCAGUCAAAUCAUCUGAUGCAGGAACAUAUGAAUGUGUGGCUGUCAAUCGUGCGGGAGAAUCAUCCUUUGCAGUAAAAGUGGAAGUAAUUGCAAAAGAACAUCACACGCCUCCAACUUUCAUCUACAAGCCACAAAGCAAAAAGGUUUUUGAAGGAGAUACAGCCAGACUCGAAUGCCAGAUCUCUGCCAUCCCAACUCCUCGGAUUUACUGGAAAAGAAACAAUGAAAUGGUACAAUAUAAUACAGACCGAAUAAGGUAUCCUACUAAUAAGUUGGCUGUUAGUGUACUAGAAAACAAUAACCACUAUUUGUUAAAUCACAUUUCAAUGAGCUGGUUAAUAAAAGCGGCAGCUGGCUGGCAAGGCAUGCUGCUCAUGAUGAACAGGCCCAUGUGCCAGACAGAAAUGAUAGUCUUGUUUUGGGGGCGCAGAAAGAUGCUGCUGAAGAUGUAGCUGCAAGGCCCAUGCAGAAGCAUGCAGUGUGUUUGUUGAGCUCUGAUGCUGUGGGGGCUGCAAAAGGGCCCUGGUGCCACUGUAACUCUACCACGAUGUGCAUUACCAUUGGUUCAUAACAAAAUUGCAGCACUGAUGUUCACAUAGUUCACAGUAUCCUGUAAGAAUUGUUCUGGGGCUCUUUCAGCUCCUCAGCACAUAAACUGGCUCUGAUUUCAAUGUCUUCUUAUUUUCCGCCUCU